AUGCACCAACGGUGUUCGCCAAGAAUGACAACGAAGUCAGAAAUACGUCUCCAAAACUUCUACGUUUAUAAUUCAUCCUAUGGACAAAAAGAAGGAGAGGAGCUUAAAAAUAUCCUUUAUUAUUUCCCUCCACAAACAGAUUUUGACAGUCAGAUGAAAACUGUUGGACUUACUGAAGCCAUUAUCAAAUUUACUGAAACAUUCAAUCCGGACCAGUCAUGCGAGUCACUUCAUACCCAAAAAACAAGACAGCUUUACUAUCAACCAGAGCGAGGGUUCUGGAUGGCAAUGACUCUUAAUAUUCCAUACAUAACCAAAACCAAAGAUGGAACAGAAUACCAAGAAUAUCAAAGUGAUGAAGUUCAAGAUACAGUGUAUUUGGCAGUACUACAACAGUCAUACCAGAUGUUUAGAUUGUUCAAGGGAACAUUCGGUGCUAUACUAGAAAGUAAAGGAGGAGAUGUGGAUUACUUGAAACAAAAACUGGAUCAUUUUUUCUCACGGUAUUUACCUACCCUGAAACUCAAUCACUGUGACAUAUUGGACAUAUUUCAAGGAAUUCAAUUUCUGCCUCUAGAUAAGCAAACUUUUCUUAGAGUUCAGUGUUUUGUUAAUUUAAUUGAAGCUCUGUUUGCUCAAGUUAAAUAUACAACAUUUUUGUACAAUGAUCAGCUUGUCUGGAGUGGCUUGGAACCUAGUGAUAUGCAAGUCGUGUACCGGUACCUUGUAACCAGUUUGCUUCCCGCUCACUUGGAAACAGAACUGCAAGGUGGAUCUAUACCCCGCCAUCCGCCAUCACCCUUCACUAGCUCUCAUUAUGGACGGUUUGUUACAGGACCGUCCAAUUUACAAGAUACAUCAGCUGGAGUUGGUAAAGUUCCAAAAGUACAUCUAAAUAAUGAUACAACACCCGAGACGUAUCAUUUAGUUGUAUAUCGGGCACUCAGUGCUACAGUGUGUCUCUUCAUAGAUGGUUCUCUUAUUUUAAAUUUAGAUCUCUUCAAACGCCUGGAUAUAUUUCUGGGCCCUCACUUAACGUCCUUAGUAUCAGAAGUUGCAGAACAGUGUGGAAAGCAAGCUGCAAACAGUGGAUCGAGUUCUCCAGAAACCAGUCCCAAAUUUGUUUAUUUUAACAAAUUGAAUUUAGCCCAGAAAAGUACUGUUCAUUUAGACAGUCGGAGAACUGGGAAUGUCUGUGUCACAUCUGAAGUUUUAAAACUGCUGGCAGACAUAAAUUCUGAUAAGGCCAGAAUGCCUGCUACUGGAGAAACUAUACUGAAGACACUGAGUGACUAUUGGGUAAUUGGCAAAUUAUCCAAUCUAAGGGAGUUCUAUGCAGUCAUUCAACAAAAAAAUGCAAAUCUCAUUGAGAUAAAUGAUGAAGUGAAGAGGCUGUGUGAUAAUCAACUGAAAAAUAUUUUUUUCCAUGAUUAGAUGUAUGGGCAUGUUUGUAUAUACAUAUGUAUACAUUCCAUGUGUUAUGUAACACGGUCCUUUCUAUUGUAAAUACAAUCAGUUAUUUAAUAAAUAUUUUACAGAACUUAGACAACCAUCUGCAAAAUUUUAUGAAAUAAUGUCUCGAGUUGAUCUGUUCUUAUCCAAACCUAAUUAACAGGCUGGCUAGCUUGUAAUUGAACUGAACUAAGAUUAGAAUGAGACAUAACCAGUAUGUAUGAUUUAUGGAUAUUUUCUUACUGUACUUAAGAUAGCCAUUUAUAAGAGCUUCCUGUUUAUAGAAGAUUGGAUAUUGGUUCCACAGGAAUUUUUUCCUCACUCUUCAGAAGUUGAAAUGUCAAUUAUUCAUUUCCGACAAUGGAAUAUCUCAUUGGAUAUCUUCUCAAGCAUCUUUAGCAAAGGCUUCCUGUUUAUUGAACUUCCCUUUUAGUUUAGUUCAUUUGUGGAAGGUGAAAAUCUGCAGCAACUUUUCCUGCACAUUUAUUUUGGAAGGCACCGGUGCCUCUUGAGCUCCCAUGUGUAAUGUUCUCAUUUUGAUCAGGUGAGUGGGAACAGCAUCUGUCAGGGCUUAAAUCUAAUCUUAACACAUUGUGCAUGUAGGGUUGAGAUUUUUAUUGUAAGGUGAUGUACUCAAAAGGCAUCAUCUCAAUUUAGAAAGAAAAAUUUAAUCCCUGUGAAAAGUAAGACAAUAUUGCAAUAAAUUGACAUUUUACAUUUAGAUGAGAACAGUAAAAAGUGAAGGGAAAAACACCCACAAAUGGUUCUAGAAACAAAGAGUCUAGUGGAGUAAUGACUAGUGCAUACACCCACGACCAGGGUUUGAUAUCCUAAGAAUCAACAUAGAACAUGUGUUAAACUAAGUGAUCCCUCAGUAGAUUUUCUUGGGAUACCCAUGUUUGCUCUGCACCUUAUUUCAGCAAUUCUCCAUUGUCACUUAUUUACUCUUAAUUUCCAAAUGACCUCAAAGUCUUCAGGAGUUGAAGGGCCAAAUUAUAGAAUCAUCUAAAAGUUAUCCCAUGCAUGCAGAGGAAAUAGAUAAAAUCAGACCUUUUAUAAGUAAUUUUGACAGAUGCCUUGUGUUGUAAAAAACAUUUUCAUAUUAAUUUAACGUACAAUUUUUUUUCGUUAUACAAUACCUGCAGUUUUGUUUCCGUAACUGAUAUGACUUGUCAAUGGUUUUCUAACUCGCAGACAACGAAAGAUAUGCAACUUAAUUUUAAUGUUGGAUCAACUAAUUGCCACUUUCCAACUCGGCAAUGUAGAGUAGUGAAGUUAUAUUUUGAGAAAUUUUACUCUAUUGAUGGGGAAUUUAGCAUGUCAAUUUUGAUAAACCUAGUACAUGUAUCCCUCCCCCCUAAAAGAAGACAGCCACACAGACACUUAAUAGAAAUCCACAGAAUCUUUGUCUUAGUUAAGGUGGGGGGGAAAAAAAUAAUUAAUGAAAUGCCACAUAUUCAUUUUGAAUUCAUGACAAAAUUGAAAAAUACCAUCUUCAAUUCUGUUUAACUGCAAUAAUACCCAAUUGUCGCAAUGAAACAUGGCGGCAAGAAACGAAAACUAUCUAUCUUUUCUAAUAGUCAUUUUCUCAACUAAAUGUAGGAUAUUCAAAACCAAAACAAUGCAAAUAUUUGACAAACUUUGAAAUACUCAACUUUCAGAACAAGUUCCCAUUAUUCAACUCGCAUAGUCUGGAACUUCCAAAAAGUAGAAUAUGUUUGUGGUUAACCUUUUCUUUCUCAAACCCAGAUCAGGCAUUCAUUACACCAAUUUCAUAAUUCUGCCGGUAGGUAAAUUUACAAGGAAGGUCAAAGAAUAGAAGCAGGCACACAUCUAUUCUUAACUCAUUUAGUAUCAUUUUAUACAAAAAAAUCAUAUUCUUUUCUCCCAAUGUGUUAGAGGGCAAUUUUAUUUCUGUACUUGAUGCCAUCGCUCACAGGGCUAGAAGCGUUUUAUACAAUUUUCAUUACCUCAUCAAAGAGAUGAAGCAAUAAAACAAUCAAUGUUUCUCACAUUUUAAUAUACACCAGUGAAGGCAAAACUUACUUCAGUAGUAGUUUCAACCUAUCUCCCAAUGUACAAUUCUGGCAAAAAAGUUCCUUUUCUGACUAACUAGUGGAAAGAGAUAAUUUGAUGCCAGUUUGAAAACAUUGGCUCCUACAACAAAUCAUACAAUCAAACUUUCAAAAUUAACAAUGCUACAAAAUAAUUAUCACACUUCCAAGUUAUCAUUCAUAUAUAUCUUCCUUAUCUGCAAUGUAUCGAACAAUAUCUGCUGGUCUCAGUAGUUUUUCUGCAUCACCAUCAGGGAUUUCAAAUCCUAACUCGUCUUCCAUCGCCAUAAUAACCUCUACAUGAUCUAGGGAAUCCAGUCCCAAAUCAUUGAUGAAAUGUGAAUCUACUGUCAACUGCAACAGUGACCUUGUCAAAGGCAGUGCAAACUUUAAGAACUCUUUCUCGAAUUUGAUCCACAGAGAGUUUGGCUUCUGCAAACCAACGUAUUUGACUGGCAUUUUGUUUGGGCAGGUGCUGCGGUGUUAGUAAAACCGAUCGCGAAAUAAACCCAUCUUGAUGUAUAUGCAAGGUUGUGUGUUGAGACCCUACAACAACUGCAUUACAAAAUGUUCUUCUAAAAAUGCUUGCACUCCUAACUAAAGAAUUCCUCAUGUACGCUGCAACAGCCGCCAUUUUCUUCGUAUAUAUCAGGCCGGCUCAACAGAAAUACGGCAAAAAGGGGACUAUCUAGAGACGACUCGAUGGGGAUCCGUCCCGUCGGUCAUGCGCACUUCUCACCGAGAACAAAGCAAAGCACUUACAUAAGAAGGGAAGGGGCAUAGAACUUUGAUGUACUUGCAACUUGCGUGCUUGGUCUGGCGCCGAUUUCG